AUGCGCUCAGCGACUUGGCGGGGACUGGCGGAGAGGCGGCAGCGGGUGAAGAGGCGGAAGAGGGCGGAAGAGGUGUUGGAAGAUGCGCUUACAGAAGAGGAGCUGCGCAAGGUGAGCGAAGGGAGGGGUGGGGGAAGGGGAAAUGGGGAGAGGGGACGUGGAAAAGGGAACCAGGAGAGGGCGGAAGAGGAGUUUGAAGAUGCGCUUACAGAAGAGGGGCAGCGCAAGAAAGCUCUGGCGGAAGCAGAGGUGAUUAAAGCGAGGGGGAACGAGGAGUACAAGCGGGGUGACUAUAACGCAGCCCUGGAGAGCUACAGCAACGCGCUGGCAGCGGCGCCUGGGGCGGAACAUGCAGAGGCGAAGGAGUCACGAGCGAUUUACCAUGCCAACAGAGCCAUGUGCCACCUGCAGCUGAAGGAUUAUGAUGCGUGUGUUACAGAGAGCACAGCAGCCAUUGAUCUGAAGCCGGACUAUGUGAAAGCGAUCAUGCGACGAGCACAGGCAUGGGAGAAGCUGGACAAGCUUGAAGAGGCGCUGGGAGAUUAUAAGAAAGUGUUGGAGGUGGACAAAACCAACACACAAGCCAGAUCACCUGCCAGGCGAUUGGAGCCCAUUGUCGAAGAGAGGAGGGAAAAGCUUAAAGAGGAAAUGUUGGUAGAGGAGCAGGCUGCACAGGUGACAGGAGCUACAGGGGAGACUCUUGAGUCGACUCAAAAGUCCUUUGAUUUGUUGCUUCCCGCGUGGCUGGCAGGAGCUGGGUUUCACCUACCAACUCUAUUCGCAUCCGCCGGUGCUUACAGUGGAGGAGCAGGCUGCACAGUGGAGGAGCAGGCUGCACAAGUGACAGGAGCUACAGGGGAGUUUACCAAGAACCUUCUACUUAAGGACAAGAAGGGUCGGCUGAUUCUCAUCUCUGCACUCACCAAGACCAAGAUUGAUCUCAAGUUCCUGUCACAGAUGCUGGGACUGGGCAAGGGCGGGGGGCCAGGCGAGAGCCUGACUCAAGAAGGACUGUGCUGCGCUGCGCAUAGUCCUCUCAUAGUCUCUCAAGAAGGGAAAUGCUGCUUUGAUUCAAGGCUGGGGCUGGGCAAGGGAGGAUUGCGCAUGGCACCAGACGAGAAUUUGGCUGCGGUGCUGCAGGUGCCUGCUGGCUGCGUGACUCCUCUGGCGCUCUUCAACGAUUCUGCCAAAGACGUGGUGCUGCUGCUGGAUCAAGGGUUCGCCUCCCAGCAGCACCUGCUCUUCCACCCUCUCUCCAAUGACGCCACUGUUGCGUUGACUCGAGAGACGUUUGAGUCUUUCCUUGGCACGGUUGGCCGCUCUGAGCCAGCUUAUGUGGACCUUGAGGCCAACGUGGUGGUGGGCAAGGAUCAACCGCCCGACCUCGCUUCUCUUCUCCCCGCCGCUUCCACCGCUGCCGCAGCAGGAGAUGCCGCCUCUGCACCUACAAGUGCCGCCACCAGCACUACCAGCGGUGCCAGUGCCAGUUCUAAUACUGGUGGCAAUGGCAACGCCCCCAAGGCCGGUGCUGCUGCAGCUGGGAAGGGGAAGUCAGGUGGGUGGGUUGCUUCUCAGAAGAAGACAGCGGCUGCCGUACCAAAGGGGCCACCGGGCGAUGACGUGGCAACUUGCAUGACACGGAUAUUGGACAUGCUGACAGAGCACAUGAAGGUGGGGUAA